AUGCAGGACCAAUACUUGCCGCCAGACGUGGUGAAGAGCACCUUUCGGCGAUUGCGAAGCAAAGCCGAUAACAAGGUUUGUUUCGACUGUCCGACCCGGAAUCCCACCUGGGCGUCGGCGACGUACGGCAUUUUCAUCUGCUACGACUGCUCCGCGGUGCACCGGAACAUGGGGGUCCACGUGACCUUCGUCCGCAGCAUCGAGCUGGACAAAUGGAAGCCGUCGGAGAUGGAGGUCAUGAAGCGCGGCGGCAACGGCAACGCGCGUUCCUUCUUCCGCUCCCACGGGGUCACCGACAUGGAGAAGUCGGAGCAGAAGUACCACUCGCGCGCGGCGCAGAUGUACCGUGCCCACCUCAAGAAGGCGAUGGCCGAUCCCGGCGUCGUGACCCCCCCGCAGUCGCCGAGAGAGGAACCGGUGGACAGCGUCGCCGACGGCCUGGACCGCCUCAUGCGGGACGUGGACGGCAAGCCGGCGGCUUCGGCGCCAGCCAGGGGCUUCACGAACGGCGGCACAGCAGCCAAGGGCCUCGCAAACGGCGGCGCCCCCGCGGCGGACGCGGCCGCAGCGGCGGCGAAGUUCGCACAAGCCUUCCCCUCCUCGUCGCAGCCCGCCGCCCCGACCAGCGGGUCGGCAGCGGCAGGCGGGCAUGCCGCUGCUGAUGCUCCCGCUCCGCCGCCGGUCAAGCCGUACGAGCCGAAGCCCCGCGGGAGCCUGUCGGUGUCCCCGCCAACGGCUCCAGCGGCGGCGGCGGUUGCGGUAGACGAGCCGAAGGCGACGCCGGUGGUGCGACUCAGCUCCUCCAAGUCGCCCCCGCCGCGGGUUCGGAAGGGUGGCGCGAAGAAGAUGGGCGCGCGGAAGCUGGGCGCGAUGAAGAUCGGCAGCGGAGGAGCGGCGGUCAAGCUGUCGGGUUUUGAAGACACCACCACCGCCCCGGCGGCGGCGGCGGCGGCGGCGGCAACACCGGGAGCGGCGGGGGGCGGAGAAGACGCGGACCUCGCGCUCGCCCGGAAGCUCCAGGAAGAGGAGGACCUUGCGGCGGCGGUGGCGGCCCCGUCGUCCCGCCUGGCGGCCGCCGCUUCGGCGGCUCUCGCGCCUCAACCGAGCAACAGCAAGGCCGCCGGGGCCGGCGAGGGCGGCGGAGGGUCGAUUUACCGUUCCGCGAACGAUUCGAGCUCUUCCUCUUCCUACGGGGGCGGGGCGGGGGGGGCUUACGGGUACCGGAACGGCGCCGGCGGCAUCGGCGUCGGCUCGAGCAGCAGCAGCAGCUACGGCAACGGGGGUGCGUACGGGGGCGGCGGCGGGUCUUCGUUCGACAAAGACAAGUACAAGAACGUGAAGGGCAUCGGGUCGGACAUGCUCUUCGGGGCCAAGGACGACGACCCGGACGAGCAGGCGCGCCGGGCGAUGAAGAACCAGGAGUACAGCCAGUCGGCCGCCAUCAGCAGCGACAUGUACUUCGACAGAGAGGAGAGCGGCGGGGGCGGGGGGGGUUACGACGGCGGCGGCGGCGGGGUGGGCAUCGGGGACAUGGCGGACCAGAUCGCCGCCUCGGCGGCGGCAGAUAUCCGGGACGCGGCACAAGCCGCGGGAAAGCUGAAGGACAUGACCAAGGGUUUCUUGGACGACCUGCAGAACAUGGUCGGUUGAAGCUGGACGCGGAAAAGCAAGCCGUGCGUGGGCGCGCCCGCCGUGUUUUGCGCUGCCGCGCGACACUCAACCCCUAGACAGAGCAAAUGCCCCUUUCGCCGUUAACGUGCGGUUGUGACGACGGGACUGUAGAGCGCGCUCGCACGCGGCGGGGGAAUGCGCAAAACGAGGGUGGCGGCUCGUCGAAAAAUGCGCCCAACGGUCAGGAGAACGGUUGGAAUGAACCGAGUGUGCCGGAAACGCUACAGUCUAGUAGUCGGCCAAUCGUUUUUUGCUCUUGCUUUCGCCGAAAUGUUUCGAGGAGAAGGAGAGCAAGCAGCUAUCCAAACGGCGUGUAGUCCCGUCUUUUGGCGAGAAGUAAAUUAUUUCGGCGGCUACCGGGCAAUUUUUCAAAGGGCGGGAGCCCAGUCCACUCCUCAGGGGGAGCUUUCGUCUUCCCGUAUGCAUGCUUGUCUCGCAUAACGUUUUUGUGCCCGUGUGUUGCGUACGCGAUGCCGCCACACCAACCCUUUUUGGUUUUGUCCUUGGUUGUUUGGCUGGCCUCGUUGGCGACAGGAUUAAUUGCCUGUUUGAUCGCGUAUCAAGAAGGAGGAACGCGAACGACUGCGUUGGCUGAAUUGAAGCAGGUCAUGUUGUGUUCGUUACAACGCGCACCAGGGCUGCGCAGUUGUUGUUUGUCGUGAGAGCAACACGCCCAUUUCUUGGAAGGGUACGGAGAAAGUCGGGA